UAUCAAGAAAAAGAUAGUGUUUUCGAAUGUGGUUUCCACUCAUUUUUAGGGCAAAAUAGAACACAGUUUAGUGUUUCAUUUUUCAUAUUUGGAUUAUUGUUCUUACUUUUCGACCUUGAAAUUCUUUUAGUCUAUCCUUACGCUGUAAGUACAAACACUAAUGAUAUUUAUGGUUUAAGUAUAAUGUUAAUUUUCUUUGUGCUAUUAACAUUAGGUUUUGUGUUUGAAUUAGGUAAAGGUGCUCUUAACAUAGAGAGUAGACAA